AUGACGAGCACACAAACUCCGCCGGGAGGCAACUGGAAUGCGCUGCGCUCUACAAUGCACAAAGAAAGCGUGAAGAAUUACGCUGUGCGCGAGCGUGGGCCUCCGCAUCACAAGAAAGCUGUGUCGCAAAGUGUGUCGAAACCACACGCUUCUCCCCCGCGUGAUAAUGUCGCGGAGACACACGCUGCGCACCCGCCGCUUCCCUGGUUUGCCGAGGACUUAUCUCCAGAAGACCUUUCACUUGUUCUUUCUACCGAAACUGCAUCCGCCGAGACGCUGCGGCAGCGCGAUCUCCCUCUUGAGCGCCUUGCCCAGCUGAAACGCAGCGCGCUGCAAUGGGAAGGGUGUAUGGACGAGGCACUGAAACGCCGCAUUGUGCUUGGCGAGUGCGAAUCAGAUUUUUCGCCGGAAAAGCGCAAAGUCGGCCACUAUGUCGCGGUCGAUUGCGAGAUGGUCGGCGUUGGGUACCGCGGCAAGAGUUCUGCUCUUGCGCGCGUUUCCCUUGUGAAUUGGUACGGCUGCAUUAUCUAUGACAAGUAUGUGCGUCCCGAUGAAAUGAUAUCCGACUUUCGGACUUGGGUCUCGGGCGUCGCGCCGCACCAUAUGAAGACGGCAACGCCUUUUGAGGUUGCCCAGCGCGAGGUAGCGGUGAUUAUCAAAGGCCGCGUUUUGGUAGGCCACGCAAUUCAAAAUGACUUGAAUGCACUCAAGCUUCACCAUCCGCGUUCCCAAAUUCGCGAUACUGCGCAGUUUGACCCGCUGCGUGUCGUGAGCGGAAAAAAGACACCUGGCCUGCGCACGCUCUCCAAACUUGUGCUGGGCCUGGACAUUCAAAAGAAAGGUCAAUACCACUCCUCUGUCGAGGAUGCACGCUCGACCAUGGCCAUUUUUCGUACGCAGAAGGAGGCAUGGGACCGCGAGCUGGAGAUCGGAGCGACCAAAGCGCUGAAGCGCAAGAUAGCGGCCGGAUCGCCCGGCAAAGCGGCGCGCUCGAACCCCAAGCCAAAGCCACCGCGCCCCCUCUCUUGGCCCGCCAGCAGGCCAGACACCCGCGCUUCGAGGGAAUGGUGGAUGAACGAUUAG